AUGGGAAAGGUGCAAGCGCAACCGUACGAUGAUUACGACCGGAUACGAUACUUUUACUACAUCCGGCCACCGCAAACGCCCGUACCGAAGGACUGGUGGAUCGAUCCGAUGGCAACCACCACCGAAUCCGUCACCACGCUCAGUGCGAGCGAGGAAACUACACUGCUGCUGUACGACAUCUUUAUACCGCUGCUCGGUUCCGUCAUCAUAAUACUCAACCUGAUCGUCGUCGUGUCCGGUGUACUGCUGCUGCGAAAAGGUCAGCAACCGUACACCACGUACAUGUUUCUGGGCAACGUGGCCGUUUCGGAUUUAUUGACGGGCUUUGCCGUCAUGUUUGGCCAGUAUGCACCACGCGAGCGACGUGCCGAGGAAAACUGCACCCUAAUGAUAGGUCUCAUAGUAUCCACAUCAUUGGUCUCGGUGUACAGCGUGGGACUGAUAGCGAUCGAUCGGUACCUUUACAUCGUCUACGGACUGCAGUACCAGCGCUACUUAACGCGUACCCGGGCGCGCAUACUGAUUGCCGCCACCUGGAUCCUUGGCGCUACAAUAGGGUUUCUGCCCGCGUUCGGGUGGCGCGGCGAUACGGAUGGUGGCCGAACCUGCUGGUUCAUACGGUUGGCCCCACCGGGCUUGGUGAUCCUGACGGCAGUCGUCGGUAUUCUGCCGGUCCUGCUCGUCAUCAUCCUGUACGGUAUCAUCCUGCAGAAGGCACUGCGUCGCGUUAACCAGCUGAAAAAAGCGUCACGCGAACUGCGCGGCGUACAGACCGGUAAUCUGCGACUGUUUCGUGGCGGUGCAAACGGGACGGCAACCAGCCCACCGCCCACCCUGUCCAGCCCGGUGGACCUCAAUCGAUCGGGCACCAACCAAUCGGACACGGAGCACGGUUUAAGCGAGGAUGAACUUUCGCGCGAUACCACCACUCGACGUUGCUUCUGUCUGCGUUCGCGAUGCUGCACCAACGCGCCGCAUCCGACCCGGGCACGGAAAGCGCUGAACGGAACCGACUCCAGCAUACCCGCGGUGUCCACCGGCAUGAUGGCGGUGGUAGCGACAACGACAACAACCACCACCAGCAGCAGCAAAAGCCCGACCAAGUGGAAGGCGAUAAAAGUCGUGAUGUUCACGACGGGCAGCUUCGUCGUAACGUGGGUGCCGUACUUCAUCGCGAGCCUCAUGUACGUCGCGUGCGAUCCGCUAACGAAUGGGGAGUUCUGUCGCAGCCUGCAGUUCGCCAUCGCCAGCCCCCUGGCCAUACUCGGGUUCGCCAACAGCCUGCUCAAUCCGAUCAUUUACGCCUGGUGGCACAAUGGGUUCCGUGCCUGGAUGAAGCGGCUUGCCGGCCAGGUCAGUCAGCGGGUUUGCUGCUGCUGCUGCUGCUGCUGCUGUGGUCGUAACCGGCGCGACGACGGUGAGGCAGGCCCGCCGUGUGCCGUACGCUGCUGCCAUAAAUCAUCAUCGCGUACGGCGCCAUCGACUGAAGCUGCCACGAAUCGGAUCAGCGCGAACGGGAGCAGCAGCGAUGGAGUCGGCCCUAACCGGCUGUCAAACCGCACGGUGACAACGACCGUGGGGCGUAGGUCGCGCCCGGUUGCACCGCCCCAGAGCGACCAGGAAUUUUCCAUCACCGAUGACACCGAUGUGGAGCAACCGUCCGGCAUGGUAAUCGGGACACGCCUCUAAGGGGGAAGGGAAGGGAACCGAUUGCCAACCCAAAAACCUCAGGAACAUGUCGAGGACAUUCUCAUCAGAGAGCAUCGCCAAAAAAGCAAACCGUGCUCCAGCAAAGUUUUGUCCGCGCUGCACUGAACCGUUCACUGCUGGUGCCGCGAAUGCUCGGGGCGCCAGUACGACUGCAUGAAUGCAAGUGGCCCACACGGGGUAGGGUAGGUGGGACAAAAAGCCACGGAGAAUUAGAUUUAAGUUACCAUGUACUUACCACACACACAGACACAGACAGACAGACAGACAUAUGCGGUUAAUGCCCCGUGGAUUGUCUUCACGGCUCGUGCUGAGAAUUGUGCAACUGCAUUCGCUCGAAACAACACGAUGCUAGCAUCCAAACCGAAAUGAGGGCGGCCAAUUCAUGACAGCUACAUCAGGAGAUUGCACCGCGAUGCCGGGAGUAGCAUAAAUUGCGUCGUAGAGACAGUAUUUUUUACAUUGCAUUAACUUUACCAUACGAUAGCGUUAAGCUAAAGUUUAA